CUUGCUGGUCUUUAGUGUGUAUUGAUUGAACUGACAUUCACAGGCUGCCAAACAGACCCAUUAUAAUUUGAAACUAUAACUCCUUGUUAUCUUCAAUUGCAGCAGUAGUGAUGGUGAAGAUGAAGAGGACCAUUGCUUAUUCAGCCACCAGCUUUGACACAAGUUUUGAUGAGGGCAUUGCUGAAGAUUUGGAUGAGUAUUAUAAUGAUAGCUCUAAUGGAGAGAAAAAGCUGAAAUGCAGGAGGUUGACUAUGGAGCAGGUGAGGGCUCUGGAGAAGAACUUUGAGCAAGGGAAGAGGGUGGAGCCUGAGAGAAAAUUGAAGCUUGCAAGGUCUCUGGGUCUCCAUCCCAGGCAGAUUGCAAUCUGGUUUCAGAACAGGAGAGCCAGGUGGAAAACCAAACAGCUUGAAAAGGACUAUGCUCUUCUCAAGCAAGACUAUGAGGCCUUCAAGGCUCAUUAUGUCAACCUCAAGGAAGAGAACAGUAAACUACAGGCUGAGAUUCAGAGACUAAGGAAUACAUUUAAGAUUGACAAUCAGGUAAAGACUGUUGUGGAUCCAGAGAACAUGAAAGAAAUUAAUGAAGCUAUCUGCAGUUCGAUCCAACUGGGCACAUGUACUUAUGGGGGUCCUACACCAUCUUUGGAGGGAAGCAUGGAACAAAAAGUUUUUCCCAGAUUUGAGGAAAACAUAGUUCAAGUUCAAGAGGAGGAGCCUUGUUAUUACACUAAAUUGGAUGACAAAGUUCGUUUCCUGUGGGAUCAUUGGCCUUGAUUUCUUAUGGCUGUCGUUACCAGUGUUUCCUGAAAGGUACUGUAACUGUAUAUACAGAGGCCUGUUCUUGCUUUUCAUUCUGCCAUAUUUUCUAAGAAUAUUUUCAAGGUUGGGUAUGGAAAUGGGCCAACAAUCUGGGUGCUAUAGGUCCAUAUGUUGAUACACAUAUGGUAAUAAUCAGUUGCACUUGAGUGUAGUAAUAGUGGUAUAUAUGUAGUACAUCCUGCUCAGUAUUGGAGUAGAUAAAUGGGUUGAUAGAGUGUUCAAUUUGUACUGUAUGUAAACAUUGUUUUCAGGUCACAACAUGCAAGUAUAUUUCUUUCUACUUAUCCAUUUAUUGCUCUUGGUUUUUGAGCCUCCCUUUUCUUGAUCUUCACCCUGUGACCAAGGUCAGAGAUAAACUUCAACUAUGAAGUUUAAUGAUAUUAAGAACCCAAAUAAGCAGCUAGUUCCAAGAAAGUCCUUCAAACCCAAAGAAAGUUUAAUGAACUUUAUCUUAGAAAAAAGGGCAAUUAGACUUCAAAGUGCUACUAGCUUGAAAAAUAUUAUGGUUUUCAAGUUUUAAAUGUCUGUUAAUUUAUUGUCACCAAAUAGUGGGGCAAAUCUCAGCAUUGCUUUGAAAACUUAGAUUGGAUGCAUCUAGAACAACGGCUGUUAGUGGCUAUUGGCUGCUUUUGUUGUGCCAUUCUAGAUUAAAAAUUGUAUCUUGCAGUUUACCCUCUUUUUAUUUAUCUGAAAUAUCAACUGGAAUUGUGUUUUUUUUCAA